GCAAACAGAAAACAUGGCCAAUCCGUUCCUAAUGGACGAUGACCUGGACGGUGGCGAUGUGGCCGUGAAUCCAUUUCUAAUGCAAGCCGAACCGGAGGCGGGUGAAGCGGAGAAUCCAUUUGGCGAGACGGCCUCGAAUCCGUUUGCCUUCGGUGGCGAUGAGCUGGAAACGGAGGCAGAGCCAGUUGCGGAUAUUGAUGCAGCCAUGAGCUUCUUUGGCACCACCAUUGAGGCCGAGGACGAUGCGCUCAGUCUGAAGUCUGCCGCCGAGGAGGAUGAUGAGGGCAAGAAGGCUGCUGCGCCCCCGCCACGCCCACAGCCGCCACAGAGCACGCAGGAGCUAAUACACACCGUGUCCAGUCAGUUGGAUGAGACCAGUUCGGAGCUAUUGGGCCGUAUACCGGCCACCCGCUCGCCUAGUCCCGUGUCCAUGCGUGACCUACACUCGCCCAGCCCAACGCCCGACUCGGGGCUGGCCGAUCUGCUCGAUGUGGAUGUGUCGGACAGUGGCUCGAGUGCCCAUAACCAAGCCAUUGAGGUAGACCUCAUGGGCGGCAGCAACGGUGCAGUGCCGGCAGUUCCAUCGCCGCUCGACAAUCCCUUCGGCGUGCCAACGGCGGUGCCCAGCCUGCAGGGCAUGGCACCCAUGCCCUCGCCGGCCAAGCAACAGCCACCGCGCCCGCCACCACCUCGUCCGGUGCCACCACGGCCAACGCCGCCAGCCCACAUGCAGGGCCAUGGUCAGCAGCAGCCUGUGCCGCCGCCGCCGCAGCGUCCGCCGCCACCAGCGGCGCAACCAGCUGCCGAUGCAGACGAUCUGCUGGACAUGUUUGGCAGCACCAGCAGCAAGCCGGCCAAGCCACCGCCACCCAAGACCAAGGAGGAUAUACUCAGUCUGUUCGAGCAGCCAGCGGCAGCGCCAGCGCCAGCCCCCAAACCGGAUUUGCUCAAUGACGAUCUGCCGGACACGCAGUCGCGUGAUGAGCCCAUAUUCAGCUCGAUGCUGAUUCGACCGGAUGACAGUACCCAUGACAUUACCUCACAGCCGCAGUCGGCCGUCGUGGCGCACAUAGCGGCUCCGCAGGAAACACCGCAAAGGCAGCGAGCACCCACGCCAGAUAUUGAGAUUACCACAGUGGAGGACUUGCCACGAUCGGACGACGAAGACGAGCCGGAACCAACGCCAGUUGAACAGCAACAGCCAACUCCACAGGAAGAAACCGAGCACGAGCCGGCACCAGAGCAGCCAUCGGAGCCAGCGCAGCCGCAGAUCGAGCCGGAACCGGAGAUCGAGCAGCCAGUUGCUGUUGACUCGGAUCACAGUCCACACACGGAGUCGCCGGCCACAAACCAGGCCGUGCCAGAGGCUAUCAUGGAGCUGGGCAACGAUGAGCCCGAGCAAAUGGACACCGGCCUGGACUUUCCUGGCCUGACCAGUGGCCAAUUGUCUGCCAAUCCAUUUGCCAGCCCUGAGGAGGAGGACGAUUCAAGUUUUCAGCCGCCGGCCAUUGUCAGCAAUAUCUUUGCCGUGGACGAGCCCGAAGUGGAGAUGCCGCCAGAGGUGCAGCCACGUGCCAUGCCACCAGUUCCGCCUCCAGUUGCCAGCUAUGUGAGCAACAUCUUUGCAGCCGAACCGGAUGAGUUCGAUGCGUUCUCGGCCAAAUUUGAUUCCGUAAAGAAGGACAACAUCAGCAUACUCGAUGGCUUUGGUGGUGGAGGUGGAUCCGGAGCCAUAACACCUACGGGCGGAGAUGCUUGGGGCGAUAGCGCCUUUGGCUCGGCCACGACAACGGCGAAUGCAUUCGGCGAGGUUAACUCCACGGACGACGGUUUCGGCAAUGAGGAUGAUGAUUUCUAUGCUAUGCAAGCGCCGGCGCGUGCCGAUUCAGUGGAGUCUGUGGACAAGGAGUUCAGCGUGGUCAUCAGACCCAAGGCGGAAAGUUCAUCUGGUGUGGCACCGCAGCUGGCGCCACCACCGCCUCCCACGCGCACAGCGGUGCAGUCAGCUACAUCGCCGCCAGCGGUUAAUCCCUUCGAGGACGUUAGCGGCUUUCCGGCACCACCAGCUACAGAUAGCAGCAUAAAGCGCACAGACUCGCAGGACACGCCACAGACGCCUCUGUAUGACGAGGACGUGUCACAGCCGCUGGAAGAGUUCCCGCGCCUGAAUUACGUCGGUCCCGGCUGGGAGAUGCAGCUGCGUCAGCCCAACAAGAAGAAAAUUACGGGCCAACGUUUCUGGAAGAAGAUCUUCGUGCGGAUUGUGGUGCAGAAUGAUGUGCCGGUGGUGCAGCUGCUCAACCAGGCUGGCGACAAGCAGCCGUUCCAGGAGCUGCCUCUGCAGCCCUCCUAUUCGGUCUCGGAGAUUGGCGCCCAGCAAUAUGAUCAGUUUGGCAAAAUCUUUACCAUGAAGCUACAGUAUAUAUUCUAUAAGGAGCGCCCUGGCGUGCGACCCGGCCAAGUGACCAAAGCGGAGCGCAUCACCAACAAGCUGACCAAGUUCGCACAAUACGCCAUCGCUGGCGACUACGAGGGCGUCAAGGAGUUUGGCAGCGAUCUCAAGAAACUCGGCCUGCCCGUCGAGCAUGCACCCCAAUCAUCGCAGCUCUUCAAGAUCGGCACCAUGAACUACGAGGACAUGAAACAGUUCUCUGUGUGCAUUGAAGAAGCGCUCUUCAAGCUGCCGGCGCUGCGUGAACGCGCGCUCACCUACAAAAUGGAGGAGGUCCAGGUGACUGCCGUGGACGAGAUAACCGUCGAGCAGGACUACGAGGGCAAAAUACUGAAGCAAAUCGCACGCGUGCGCCUAUUCUUUCUGGCUUUCCUGACGGGCAUGCCCACCAUUGAGCUGGGCGUCAACGACAUGUGGCGUCAGGGCAAAGAGGUGGUUGGACGGCACGACAUCAUACCCGUGGCCACCGAGGAGUGGAUACGCCUGGAAGCUGUUGAGUUCCAUAGCGUUGUCAAUCAGCAGGAAUACGAACGCACACGCACUAUCAAAUUUCAGCCGCCAGAUGCCAACUACAUUGAACUGCUGCGCUUCCGUGUGCGUCCGCCGAAGAAUCGUGAACUUCCUUUGCAGCUGAAGGCCACCUGGUGUGUUACCGGCAACAAGGUAGAGCUGCGCGCUGACAUCCUCGUCCCAGGUUUCACCUCGCGCAAGUUGGGCCAGAUUCCAUGCGAGGAUGUCUCAGUGCGUUUCCCCAUACCCGAGUGCUGGAUUUAUUUGUUCCGCGUGGAGAAACACUUCCGCUACGGCUCGGUGAAGUCCGCUCAUCGACGCACAGGCAAGAUCAAGGGCAUUGAGCGCAUAUUGGGCGCCGUGGACACGCUGCAGGAGUCACUUAUCGAAGUAACCUCUGGCCAGGCCAAGUAUGAGCAUCAUCAUCGUGCCAUUGUCUGGCGCUGUCCGCGUCUACCCAAGGAGGGUCAGGGCGCAUAUACUACGCAUCAGCUGGUCUGUCGCAUGGCGCUCACAUCGUACGAUCAAAUACCCAGCGAGUUGGCGCCAUACGCAUUCGUGGAAUUCACAAUGCCCGCCACGCAGGUCUCGCAUACCACCGUGCGCUCAGUGAGCGUGCAGGACUCCGACGCUGACGAGCCGCCCGAGAAGUACGUCCGCUAUCUGGCACGGCACGAGUACAAAGUUGGCAUCGAGACCACGCACGGCGAGUCCACGAAUGCGUAUCUGGCGGCAACGCGACCCAUCCGGGAGGAGCCCGCCGCCGUCGCCGCUAAGCCGGCUGCCUCCCCGGUGCCACCGAGCGACUCAGACUCGGACUCCAACUAAGCAAUCGCUGAAUACCCAUUAAGCUACAGCGUAGUUCGGUUGCCAGUGAGAUAAUCUGCAGAUGUUUUACGCCACAGCACUCCAGCCUCAACAUCCGGUAUUUGGUUAUCUUUCGUGUUCUCAUCGUAUGAUAAUUUAAUUUGAUCUGCUCCCAGUGAACCCGAUUGAAUCAAUCGAGUGCACUGCGAUCAGUUCGAAUAUAUGUAAUAAUGAUUAGUUGACAAUAAAUACAGGAAAAGCAACACAUGAUCAACGCGUGCUGAACAGCCAAGGAAAUAUCAAGAAUUUGUAGAUGGAUGAUCUAUGGAAGGAUCUAUGGCACUGAGCUACAGCUGGCUGUGUUCGAGUCCUGUUGAGUCUUCGGUUCUCUAGCCACAAGCCCACACGCCCGCAAAACCCUUACUAACCAUUAUGCUUACCUAUAUAUGUAAUAUGCAUCUCAAAUAAUGAAUUAUGUUAACCUAUCGACCAAACGAGCGAGGCGAUGCCGGAUCGUUUCGUGCGUAAAGUCAAUCCAUACAUAUGCAUAGAAAUAAUGGUUAAACAAACAUACAACUAAAACAAAAGACACACACAUAUAUA